GUUAAAAGCGAGUGAUAUUUGCAGAGGUGGAUGCCUUUCGGGAAUAUUAAACUUCUGGAAUAUUUGAGGAUAUGCAAGUUGAUUGUGACUCAGAUCUAGAACUUGUAGUUGACUAAGGUUGUUGAAAUGUUGACUAGUGAAAACCACAAUCUUAUUAUGGGAAACAUCAAUAUAUUUGAGCUCUUCGAGAUUUUUGAUGAAUCCUAAUGAUGUUAAUUGGUUGUGGCUGAGUGUUAGUUCUUGUAGAUUAUCCAGAUUGUCGAAAACAUCAGCAUUUAACACUUUUAUAUUGUUGUAAUCUAAAUUAAGUAUUUCUAAGCUGCUAGGAAAACUAUCGGAUUGAAUUGCUUCAAUUUUAUUAUAUCUAAUAACCAUUUCUAUAGUAGAAUUGUAAAAGAACUCCUCCGAAAACACGUCUUUUUCAAUUAACUCCAAUUUAUUGUGUGAUAAAUCUAUAGUUUUUAUUUCACAGUUGUAAAAUGCUCCUUUAUGAAUAUAUUCAAUGUUGUUGUUCACUAAACUUAACUUUGUCAAUUUCAUUGUGUCAAAAGUGGUAAAUCUUAUUCGCUUAAUAUCAUUUUCAUACAACUGCAAAUAAUUCAUCCUGUUGAAAUACGGAUCUAGGGUAAAAGUAUACGUCUUGAUAUCUCGAAUUUGACCGAUAAUAAUGAAAGUAACUAACUUUUCCAGCCUGUCCAAUGAAAGUGAAUCAAAAUCGAUUGUUCUAAGUUGAGAGUCAUCAUAUGAUUCUGUUCCUACCACAAGUUCAGUCCAGUUUUCAACGUUGUAAUUCUCAAGGUCGCUCAAAUUAUCACAGAACGUCAUAUAAGAGUGUCGACACGUCGAAUCGGUCUCAGUAUAAAACAGCCCGAUUGAAAAAAAGGUAAUCAUAUUGAGGACAUGCAUGUUGAUUCGAUGAAAACAAACGCAAACUAAUUUGUGCCCGGUUUGCUGCUUGCAAAAAAUUGUAAGACUGGUUUUUCCACAUGUUUGACCCUGCAUCAGGCUUCAACUAAUUAUAGUCAACAUCCAUUCAAUAUUAUGUUAUUAGCACUAAAUAGAUUAUUUAGUAUGAGAAUUUAUUUCGAUUUUCGAUUACCAAAUUAUGCAUAAACUCACACACAAGCAAUUUAACUAUUAGUUUAGUUUUAUUACUUUAAAGUGUGUAGAAAUAUUAUGUGAAUUUCUUACUACAGUAGUACAGUCAAAACAAAAAACAAUUUGUCAUGCUUUAUAUCUCUGUUUAUAAAAAGUUGAGUCUUUAGUAUAAUCACAUCAAUACACUGCAGUGACAUUUUGCAAUUUAAAUAACAAUAAAUAAAACUGCACGAAUAUUUUGGUGUUCAUACACUCCACAUUUCUAAAUUAUUAUCAUAAACACAAGUUUCGAAGAUCUGAACAUACUACUCUGUAAAAAAAGUAUCGAGAAUUUUCGAUUUAAAGAGUUUACGUAGAAGAUAUCCAAAUUAUUCUUAUCUGGUAUAUUGGUACAACCAUACUCCUCUUACCAUGCCAAAUUUUACCACUAUAAGUCAAGUGGUUUGUUUAAAAUUGUUUUUACUAACCUGUGGUUAAGUCAGACUUGCGAUUUUUGUCAUGAAUUCCACUACCGAUCAGAGAAUUUGCUUGAAAUUUUGUGUUGCCAACGAAAAUUCGUGUAGUGAAAAUUUUGCAAAAACCCUUUGGAGACUCAUUUACGUCAAAAACACAAGCAUAUGAGUGGUACAAAAUAUUUCAAUUGGGCCGAAAAGAGGUUACCGACUUUCAUCGUUCUGGACGAUCGUCAACAGCAAAGACGGUGGAAAAUGUCAAGAAAAUCAAAGAAAUGGUGACUGUAAAUCAUCACUUAGGUUUAAAAGUAAAAUUAUUUUGCCGUUGUGAAAUGUUUGUAAAAAAUAUUCUCUGGAAAAGGCCAGAUUUGUGCAAAGACAACUCUGGGAUUUUGCACCAAGACAGUGCGUCUGCACACACAGCACAAAUUUUUGGCUAAAAAUUCAAUAAAUGUCAUCAAUCAAGCACCGUAUUUGGCUAACAUGGCCCUAUAUGACCUUUUGCCAUUUCUUAAACUUAAAUUGCCUUGCGAGGAAGACGUUUUGACUCCAUAAAAGACAUAAAAAAAAUUGCAAAAAGAACUGAAAGCCAUAUCUUCCGCUGUUUAUAAGAAGUGUUUUUAUGAUUGACGUUGGCAUAUGCGUGUCGCUUCAGAUAGAGUUUACUUUACGGGGAAUCAAAUAAAAAUUGAUCAAUAAUAUCAUGAUUAUCAAAUAAGAUCCAAUCCAUGCACAUAUCUGAAAUCAAAAGUUUUUCGUUUCAACAAGCUUAUACAGUGUCAUUAGUAAUAAAUUAGUAAUAAGUAAUAAUCUUCGUACUAACAAAAAACAAAUUUACAAUGAAACUAUGUGAUUUUGAUUUUAUAUAUAUUUAGAAACUUUUUUAUUAUUUGAAAAAUAAAAACUAUUUGCUUAUAACUGUUCGCUAAUAACCCUGAAUACUCUUUUAGUCUUACGCUUAACAGUGCUGAUGGAGUGACUGUAAACAUUCCAAAUAUUGUACAUCAAGUCUAAUACUUCAUAUUAGUAAAAAAAGUUCUAUGAUCCAACAUAAAAUAAACAACAUUUUUAAUUUUCAUAAUAGGAGGACUCACCUCGUUACUGUAAUUUAAUAUUAAAGAUCGAAAAAACAUUACUUUUGGAGCGAUAUUACUUAUUUCUGCAACCUUCAAAAAGCACGAAGCAGUUAAGGACACGUAAUAAAAAUCUCACCUUUAGAUGAAUUUGAUAAUGGGCCAAAACAACUUUCAACAACAUGCAAGCACACAGUAUUAAUCAGUAUAAGGUAUUGGAAAAAAUGAAAUUUGCCUUUAGCUAUGAGAAACAAAUUGUUUGUUAUUGUAAAAAAUGUUAAGAUGAAUAAAAUACGGAUUUGCACUGAAAAUUGAGAUAUCAUCGAAUUGCUGAUAUUUACAGGGUGUCCCACGAGUAAUAAUGAGCCUCAAAAAUUUUUGAAGCAACUAACAUUACAUUUCAUAGAUACUCGUAACGUGGAUAUUAAAAUAUUUCGUUUUAAUUAGUUAAACAUUGUAAUCGUAUUUUUAUUUUUAACAAAUUUCUAUUAGUCAAAAAGACUUUACUCCAGUUUUAGGAAAUCCGUCUAUUUGUAUAUCACGCAGGUUAGAAACGUGCUGUCUGCGAAGUGUUUUUCAAACAUUCUUCAUAAAUGAAAUCUUGUUCUGGAGAAUCUGGUCUGGUAUGUUAAUUAACAUAACAACAUUAACAAUUAUUUCAAAAACUAUUUUUGUUAGUAUAUUUAUUUUAGUAGAGUUACAAGCAGCAAUAUUUUAUCUGUCCAGAAGUAAGGGUGUAUAAGGUGUCAGAGAAUGACGGUUUUAGAAAAAAGUACAAUUAUCGGAAAGGAGUCUCUAUUAUUAUUACUUAGUAUUUUGGGGUUUCUUUUAUAUUCGUUAUCGUUAUGUGUUAUUUAUUUUGAAGAAAAAUCUAUAACCCGAGAGAACUUUUUUUUAAUUUUUGUUGAUUGUUUAGCGUUCUUUUAUUAUUCAGCCUAUUUAAUUGUGAUGGCCUUAUUUUUCAAUGAAAAUUAUAACAAAACGUCUGGAACUUUUUCAUUAAUAAUAUCUCUGCUAGUAUUUUUUGUGUUAGAAAUUUCUGGUUUCAAUUCUGUCGAUUAUCUUCUUCAACACUUGGUUCAUAUGGCUGUAGCUAGUUUAGUACUAGGAAAUCUACUUGCAUUGUGGUGUUACGUUCGCAGUUUGAGCUUACCUCUCAAUGAAAUAAAUCCCAAAACAAUUGGAAAAGACACUAUUUAUUGUUAUCUUAUGGGAAGAGAAGUAAGACCACGACUUUUCGGCUAUCUUGAUUUGAAGAUGUAUGUUAAUAGAGUUUGUGUAGUAUCUGCGGUUUUGUUGGAUUGUGCCUUUUUGUAUCGAGAAUUUGUAAGAAAUUGGACAUUACAAUCAUAUGUCGUAAAUAAAAGCUUUAUUAUUAUCGAAAUAAUGCAUAUAAUAUUUUGCUUAGAUGGCGUAGUUACAGAAUACACAUUUGAAUAUUCUUUAGAAACACAAAAAGAAGGUUUUGGAUACAUUUGUUCAGUUGGCUAUUUCAUAUAUCCGUUUUUGAUAACCACUGUUCCUUAUCAUUUUCUUCUGACCAAAACUGAGCUUGCGACUUGGAAAAUACCAAUCAUAGUAUUUUUAUUUAUCGUGGGUUUUCUACUAUACAGAAUCGCAAAUAACCAAAAAUACAAUUUUAAAGUAAAUGUCCUGAAACCGGGUGUGAAAUUUAUUCCGACAGAAAUAAAAAAUGGAAAAUUGCUGUGUUCCGGACUCUGGGGAUUCGUUCGACAUCCUAAUUAUCUUGGAGAUAUUAUGAUGUAUAUUUCUUUUACCGGAUUAACAAUAACUGCGCCUGCUAUAAUGCCUUUAAUGGAAAUACCUUUCUUGAUUCAUCGUUCUAUCAGAGAUAAUAAACUUUGCAAAGAAAAGUAUGGUUACGCGUGGGAAAAAUAUACAGAAAAAGUUAAAUAUAUUUUCAUUCCUCGAAUUUAUUAAUGAACAUUGUUUUAUAAAAUAAGCUAUUAUUGUAUUGCAAUCAUUGUUACUGUUUCCUUUUUUAUUAUUUACAAAUUUAGGAUUUGUUGUUGUUUUUUAUACAUUUAUUAGUCAGAAAGGGCAUUUUUAUGUAAUCUAUCCAGAAACAGAGAGCAAUAAAAAAAUCAACAGAA